AUGUUCACACUUGAUAUAAUUCAACAUGAUCAUAGUCUUCAUUCAUUACUUGAUAUUGGUUGUGGUACAUGUCAAUUAUUAACCAUCGGUAAAUAUCGUAAUCCUCAUAUACAAUUAAUUGUUGCUAUUGAUAUUAUUCGAUAUCAACUUGAUGAAGGAUUCUUUGGGUUAAAACCAUUACCCAUUGAAUAUAUGAUAUUUCGUCGUGAAACUCCAUUGCAUAUGUAUGUAUUGCAUAGUAAGUUUUUUUUAUUGCUUCACUUGAAAAAAAAAAGAUACAAUGCACUUCAAAAGUCUUGUACUACUUUUUUGUUAGGAGUCGUAUAUUUGAACUACCCAACAUUAAGUUAAUUCAAUUAUAUGCCUGUAUAGUAGAGGUCAACUACUAUAUAUAUACACCUGUUUAAUACAAUAAAGUCUUGAAUAUGAAAUACAAUAAAAGAAAAAAACAAACUUCAGUGCUAAGAAAAAAAAAAGA